AUGAACAUGAUCGCGCUGCUGUUGUUUUCCAUUCUUGGAAUGGCGUACGGUACGGACACGAUCACUUGGAGCAUGGUCGGGGAUUGUACGAUCGAUGCAAGGUGCCCCUCGAUCGAUAAUUCGUUGCAACCAACAUUUCUUGCCCAAGCAACUAACUGCAACAAGUUCUACCAGUGCUCCUACGGCAAGGCCUGUGAGCUGACGUGUCCAACCGGGUUACACUGGUCCGUGCAGUUAAAACGUUGCGAGUGGCCAAAUGUGGCCUGCUGCGAUCCGUCGGUCGCGUGUCUUCCUUCCUACCCAACGGCACCCACCAACCCGGUACCGAUACCCACCCCCACGACGAUGGUACCACCCGGUAACAACGCACCCAACCCUACGCAGUGUGUGGCGGAUGCGCGAUGUCCCUUAGAUGACAACCCGAACAAUCCCACGCUACUGCCGCACGAAACUAACUGCGGCUUAUUUUACGCAUGCUCGUACGGUAGACGAUGUCCGCUGCAGUGCAAAGCAGGCGAGCACUUCAGCGUACAGCUGCAGCGUUGUGAUUGGGCACAGUUUACCUGCUGUGAUCCAACCAUACCGUGUCAGCAGCUACCGUCCACACCGGUCGUACCGACGGAAUUGCCUUUGACAGACUGUCAUCCGGAUACCCGCUGUCCGUAUGGGGAUGAUCCGAUGAAACCACUGUUGCUGCCCGCACCAGGUAACUGUGGAGCGUUCUACAAGUGCCGCCGGGGUGACGCCUGCCUGUUACCGUGCCCCGCUGGACAACACUUUAGCCAGGCGAUGCAAGUGUGCGAAUGGCCUCAAGUUGCGUGCUGUGAUCCAACGGUAGCGUGCGUACGAAGUCCGCUCCUGGAGUUGCUUAGUCUUCAGAAAUAA